CAGAAGGGAAUUUUAAAUUGGGCGAAAAACGCAGAGAGGUUCGCGGCGAAUGGGUACGACAACAGCAACGGCGCCAUGGAAGCAGCUUCUACUCAACGCGUUGCAGUCCAAUUCCAACCUCAAGCACUCUUCCUUCGUUCAGCUUGCAACUAUUGGAUCUAAUGGUAAACCCUCGAAUCGCACGGUUGUUUUCAGAGGGUUCCAAGAGAACAGUGAUAAGAUCCAAAUCAACACUGAUUCCCGAAGUCACAAGAUCGAAGAUCUCAAGCAUUGCCCUUUUGCUGAGAUAUGUUGGUAUUUUACUGACUCUUGGGAGCAAUUCCGAAUUAAUGGAAGAGUUGAUGUCAUUGAUGGGUCGAAUGCUGACCCCAUUAAACUUCAGCAAAGAGAGAAAGCUUGGUUUGCUAGUUCUCUAAAGUCAAGGUUGCAGUACCUGGGGCCGCAUCCAGGUCUUCCCUCUCUAAUUGAACAACCAUCGCAGGAGCCCUCUUUGGACCCUUCUACAGGCCCAGUUGGUGCAUAUUGUCUGCUAGUUCUGGAUACUGACCAGGUGGAUUAUGUGAAUUUGAAGAGUAAUGAAAGGGUUGGCUUUGCAUCCAGACUGAGUGGCAAUGGAGAGAAGUCUUGGACCUCAGAGAAAGUCAACCCAUAAUCUAUGCUUUGUGAUUUUAAAAUGGGAAAUGGAAAGAUUGUCUUCUUGAGAGCAUGUAACACAUCCGUGGUGAUCGACUGUAAUGAAUUUACAAUUGUCAUCUACCACGCUGUAUAAUAUCUUCAUUUUAUCAAGAUGAAUCUACCAUAUAUCUUAUGUUUUCCCAUGAUAUAGAUCAAGCAUAAUGAGAUAAGACUAUUAUUUCAAUACAACUUUUGAAAUACUAGUGUAUCUUUGUUUGAUGAAAUGCAUAGAAGUUACUUUCCGGAAAAAGCAUCGAGGUUCUUCAUAUCUUGUUUGUCUCUCAAUUAGCCUUGAACCUUUGGGCUGGGCUUGAUAAGUUUUACUCAAAGCAGGUAAAGCACAAGGAUGGCCAGUGAGAGUAAUCUACCCGAAUGAGUAUGUCAACUAAUGCCUAGCUGAAACUGGAAAAUUGGAGGGAAAGUGAAUACAAAAGUUCAGGAAGGAGAAUUCAGAAUUGUAUCUUUUGUAGAAUACUCAUUCGCGCAAGAGGCCUUCCCAAGGAAGGAAUUUGACAAAAUGGUCCUUCAGAAGAAAGAAAACGUGUAGAUCUAUUCUUUGUUUUGUUUAAGGGAUCCAAUUUUUGAAGAUGCACUGGGAGUUUCCUGCUAUGUUCAGUACCAAAUAGAAUGGAUGAUAAUUGUACUGCAAUUGAUUGUCUGUACUACACUUUGUACUACUUCGCUCUACUUAAGGUAUGUAAUGAUUAUUUAUUAGAGUUUUCUGACCUCAAAUUGGAUUAUAUUAUUUUUUUUCUUUUCUCUGCCAUCUGUAUCUGGUCAUUGUAAGGUAAAUUUGAUGUCAUAGUCUUC